AUGAUUCAUCAUGAUUUUCAACUUAAAGAAAGUUUACCGAAAUUAAAAUCAUAUGUCAAUGAAAAUAGGAUAUCGACACUAUCGUCCAACUCUUCUCUUUAUAAUCAUUCUGAGUGUACUGCUUCUUCAGUUCAUAGCGACUAUAGUGUAUCAAGUCAAGCAUCUACUACUACUACAGGAGGAUUGCGCUAUUGUCAUCAUACAGCAAGUUUAAAAGAAUAUGGUAAACGUUACAAACUUUUAGGUGAAGGCUCAUCAGCUACUGUCAUGAUUUUAAAAAAAACAGAUUUAAACCAAGAAGAUCAAUCAAUCAAUACAUCAUUCUAUGCUGUUAAACAAUAUCAUAAAAAAUCAACGCGUGAAAGUAAAAAAGAAUAUAUGAAAAGAUUGACAAGUGAAUUUUGUAUUUCUUCUACUUUUACACAUCCAAAUAUCGUUCAAACCUUUGAUCUUGUCUUGGAUAGUAAAGAUAGAUAUUGUACGAUUAUGGAAUAUUGUUCUGGAGGUGAUUUAUUUUCAAUUAUAAUGGCUGAAAUCAUGACGGAUAUAGAAAAGGCAUGUUGCUUUAAACAAUUACUUCAAGGAAUCUCUUAUCUUCAUUCAGUUGGUGUCACCCAUCGUGAUAUUAAACCUGAAAAUCUAUUGAUGACGGCUCAAGGGAAAUUAAAGAUAACUGACUUUGGUGUAUCAGAUGUCUUUCGUCGUCCCUGGGAGACAAAAGGAUAUGAAAGUCGUGGCUUAUGUGGUUCAGAGCCUUAUAUUGCACCAGAGACAUUUACAAGUAAAUCUUAUUGGGGUCCCUCUAUCGAUGUUUGGUCUGCUGGUAUCGUUUUCUAUUCAAUCUGGUUAAAUGGUAUCAUUUGGGAAAGGGCAGUUCAAUCAAAUAGUUCCUAUCGAAAAUAUCUUGAUGGCUAUUCUACUUUUAAAAGGGAGCUUAAUAAUAGAACAUCCUUUUAUCCAUUCAAUUCAUUUACGCCUGCUCAAAGACAAGUUUUAUAUUGUAUGUUGGAUCCUAUACCAAAGAAUCGUAUUACUGUAGAUGAAUUACUUGAAAAUGAUCCCUGGAUAAAAUCGAUAGCUUGUUGUAAUCAUGACUCAAUAGACUCUUACGGUCAAACUCAUAAGCAUAUUAUCCAUCGAUCGUAG